UGUGAUAACGUGAGAUGCAGCUUGCAGUCUCUUAACAUCAAACCCACAGCGGGACAGAUCUCCUGUGGAUUCCUCCUGUUUUCAUGAACUUGGGCGCAAUGUGGAAUUUUACUUCUGUGCGUAAAAGAGACAUUCGGAGACAAUGGAUUUGCUUACUAUUAGAGAACUUGGGGAAUACGCGUUAAUGGAAAGUGUCACUACUUCGGAAGUGAGAGGAGAGUCAGUGCUUAGUGUCAAACAGUGAAAGGCGUCCCGGCAGGCAUGAACACCACGGCGGCAACGGGGAGAUUUCAACCGCUCACCAUCCCAGCGAUAAUGUUCAUUUUCGGGGUGGUGGGAAAUGUCAUCGCCAUCGUGGUCCUGCGAAUAUCACGCAAGGAACAAAAGGAGACGACUUUUUACACACUUGUGUGUGGCCUCGCUGUGACAGACCUCCUGGGCACCCUGCUGGCCAGCCCCGUCACCAUCGCCACCUACAUGAAGGGCUCCUGGCCGGGAGGCGAGCCACUGUGCCAGUACUCCGGCUUCAUCCUGCUCUUCUUCUUCUUGGUCCAGCUCAGCAUUGUGUUUGCAAUGUCAGUGGAGAGAUACUUGGCAAUAAACCAUGCAUAUUUCUAUAACGAGUACGUCAACCAGAGACUCGCUGCGCUCACUCUUUUGGCCAUUUACAUUUCCAACAUCGUGUUUUGCGCGCUGCCCAGCCUGGGGCUCGGCCAGGUGAAGCUGCAGAACCCGGGGACGUGGUGUUUCAUAGACUGGCAGGACAACCACACAUCAGUCGCCGCUUUUAACUUGAUGUACGCAGGUGUGAACUCAGUCAUCGUGCUGGCCACUGUGAUAUGCAACGUGAUGGUGUGUGGGGCACUAAUCCUGAUGCACAAGAGGUUCAUCCGCCGCACGUCUUUGGGCACAGACCAGCGGCGCAUCGCGGAGCUCCGGCGCAGACGGAAUUUCGGGCGAUUAGCUGGAGCAGAGAUCCAGAUGGUGAUCCUGCUUAUAGCCACCUCCGCUGUGGUUCUCAUCUGCUCCAUACCUUUAGUGUUGAGGAUCUUUGUGAACCAGCUGUACAGAAACCAGACAGAAGAGCCUUUCGGACUGAAUAAAGACCUGCUGGCCAUCCGCAUGGCCUCCGUCAACCCCAUCUUAGACCCUUGGAUCUACAUCCUGCUCAGAAAGACAGUGGUCCUCAAGCUAAUGGAGAAAAUCAAGUGUCUGUUCUGCAAGAUGGGCGGGCGGGGGCGAAGGGACGGUGGCCAGUUCCGCUGUGCCGACGGCCACCUCUCCUCUUCCAUCGUCUCCCGGGAUUCUCCGUCACUGGUGUCACGAGAGCUGCGGGAAAUGGUGAGCACCUCGCAGACCUUCCUGUACCCGUCUGAGGAAAGCACAGGGAGGCUGGGGUCAUUUAAAGCAGGGGCACAGGCCGGCUCCAGUCCAACAACUACACAGACAUUACAGGGCCCCCAGGAGGUUGAGGGGCCUCACAGGGGACUUUCACAGAGUGAUUUAGAGGACACACUGCUGGGCGGGCCACUGGCAGAGCUUCCAAUGUGCCCCAAGGACCCGGCUCUACAUGUGACCUUCACAGACGAGACUGCAAACAUACAGGAGAAAUGCAUAUAACUGUCAGCGUGAGCCUAACAAGCAUUCAAUGCUGUAAGAGGACUGGCUCAGGACAGAAGACAUGAACUAAUGAGAGCACUGCAGAGACGUGACAAUAAAGGAAAAGCUUCUCAAGACUUAAUAAUCCAGAUCAAUCAAUCUGUAGAUAUCAUAAAAUAACAUUUGACAGAUGUAUUACUGAUUUUAACACCCAUUAUCAAUGUAUUACUCCUCAGUGAUAGCGCACCACAAACACCAGGUCACUAAAUACACUUCAGCACAGUCACAACAGCUGUAUCAACGAAACCACAGAGAACAAUGUGACAUUGUAGAGGAGCUCUUUUGUUGCACUUUCUGAAUCCUGAAACCACUGCGAGGCUGUUAAUGCUGUUUGUUUUGUAGCAUUUUGACAACCUGCACAAUGACUGUAAAGAAUCGACGUUAAAAUGUGAACAGUGUUCCAUGAUGUUAAUUUAUUCUAAGUAUGAAAUUAUACGUUAUUGUCUUCUCUGUGAGAAGGUCCAGAUAGUUUCAUUUUAAAUUGGUACAAGAUGAAUAUGGUCAUAGUUUUUUUUUUGGGUACAUAGAAACAUUUGCAAACAAUUUAGUCUUACUGGUUGACAGAGCAGCUCGAACACCAAAGCUACAAUUGUACCAUCCCCUGUACUCGUAACAAAAGGCAGCUAUAACUGGGGCUUUUUCAUAGCUCAGACACUGGAGGACCUUAGGAAGCCUCCUUUAAGUAAUGUGUUCAUAUAAAAUUCUUAAUUUACUUAGUUCAGCCCAUUUACUUUAUGGGGAUUAAUCCAACUUCAUCUUAUUUUACCUUGAUGUAAAGUGCAAUGGCUAUCAUCUAAUCAGCCUUUAUUGGGGAGUUAAGACAGGGAAUGGAAAUUGAAUCGAUCUUCUUUUUGGGUUUUGCCUUUUC